GGACCAUAUCGCCUCCGAGACCAGAAGAUCGCGCGUGUGUGUGUGUGAGAGUGUGUGAGUCUGCUCAACAGUGACCACUCCUGCGACAGCGAUAAUGAAGUGCAUGCAGCAGAAGAACUUGGCGAACACGAACGGCGCCCUGGCGGCGGGCGGCAGCAGCAGCUCAGAUACGGAGUCGCUGCCAGCACACUCUAGGAGGUACACCCAGUACCUUGCUGGUGGCCUCGCGACCCUGGCCGCGCUCUCCUCGGGCACCAUGCUCUCCUGGUCCUCCCCGGGACUGGCUCUCCUGCAGCAGCCGACCAGCACGCCCCACGUGACGAGCGACCAGGCCUCCUGGGUGGGCUCGCUCCUCAACAUCGGCGCCCUCCUGGGGGCGCUGCCAGCAGGCCUGCUGGCGGACCGCGUGGGCCGCCGGACGACGCUGAUCGCGCUGGGCCCCUUGCUCGUCGUCUCCUGGCUGCUCGUCGCCUUCUGCACCUCCGUGUGGGAGCUGUACGCCGCGCGGCUGCUGGGAGGGGCCGCUGUCGGAGCGGUGUCCGUCGUGGCCCCCGUCUACUGCGUCGAGGUGGCCGAGAACUCCAUCCGCGGCGCGCUCGGGUCCUUCUUCCAGCUGCAGCUGUCCGUGGGGAUACUCCUCGGGUACAUGGCCGGGUUCAUCAGCGACACGACAACUUUGGCGCUGGUGCUGUGCUCCCUCCCGGUGAUCUUCCUCAUCGCCUUCCCCUGGGUCCCGGAGUCGCCGGCGUACCUGGCGUCGCGCGGGCGCGAGCAGGACGCCGUUACGGCCCUCCUCUGGCUGCGGGGCCCCCGCUGCGACGCCCGCGCCGAGGCGAGGCGUCUGUCGGCGGCGCACCUUCGCCGCGACGCUGAUGGCGGUCCCUCCUCCCAUUCACCCUGGCGCAACCUGGCGACGUCGCCGACCACCCGCCGGGCGCUCCUGAUCGCCAUGGGGCUGAUGGCCUUCCAGCAGUUCAGCGGGGUCAACGCCGUCAUCUUCUACGCCGAGGAGAUCCUCACCAUCUCCGACGGGCGGGUGUCGGCCGACGCGGCGUGCAUCCUGGUGGGAGCCGUGCAGGUGGCGGCCAACUACGCCUCGGUCCUACUGGUGGACCGCGCAGGCCGCAGGGUCCUGCUGCUCUUCUCUGCCAUCGUGAUGGCCCUCAGCCUCGGGGCGCUGGGAGCCUUCUUCCACUUCAGUUCCCCCGGCCAGCCGGCGGGUCCCAUCAGCUCCGCCCUGCCGCCGCUCUGCCUCGCCGGCUACAUCGUCGCCUUCUCCCUGGGGUUCGGCCCCAUCGCGUGGAUCCUCCUGGGGGAGCUGUUCGCCCCCGAGGCCAAGGGCUUGGCGGCGGCCACCGGGGCGGCGUGCAACUGGCUCUCGGCGUUCGUCGUCACGCGGACCUUCCGCGACGUGCGCGGGGCCCUGGGCUCGGGACCCACCUUCUGGCUGUUCUCGAGCGUGUGCCUGCUGGCGGUGCCCUUCGUGGUGCUGAUGGUGCCCGAGACCAAGGGGAGGGACCUGGAGGAGGUGCAGGAGGAGAUGGCGAGCGGCAGCCGGAGGAAGCCCGUCUUCGCGGUCUCCGAUGCGGUCUGAUCUCCCGUAUCAGCUCCCGCCACGACACGACCUCGGGACACCUCGGACCUGCUCUUCUGGGGCAGGACCCGCCAACGGCCGACGGAGCGCAUCCCCAACCACUCCUUGCGACGGUCUUCUCUCCCCGCCGGUGUGUUUGAGGAGAGAGUUGACGUCUGUGCUCGAGACCAAGAUGAGAUCCGGAAUUGUGCACUGGCCUUUUCUGCCGUUGCCAGUUCUGCAAUUUCUGCAGUUGGAAGACGAGGAUGAUUCUGACUGGGCAUCAGACAGCCACACAAAUACAAAACGUCUAGAACAUAUGAAUGACCGCCUAGCUGUGCUUACUGAAGAACUAUUUGUCCAGACGACUCCUCUGUUUUACAGGGUAGCAGGAACCGAACUGAAGUUUCACCAAUUGAUUCAUCUAUAAUUAUUUAUAAUAUUUCUAAUUGUUGCAUCAACAAUUAGACUGUAUCUCUAACCAAAAUGAUGGCUCCCUCACUCUAAAUAUAUAUGCAUGCCAGAAAUUUUGGGUUUAUAUACAUUAAAUAUUGAGGUAAGGUUAUUUAUAUCUAAAGCCAUUUUUUUUUAAUCUUUACAAGAAGUAAUCUAUUGUACAUUUUGCUCAUCUAGCAGCUAAGGCUUGAACCAGUCAAAGUAGGCUACUUUCAUAUCUGACACGAAGUCCAUCACAUUGCACUCCAUAUCAAGCAGAUGGUUUUUUCAUCUGUGUCAUGUAACCUGUCUCAAAUUUGACAGUUCACAAAAGCAGUGCCAAUGUUUUAUGUUUUAUACUGCCUUUAAUGUUCUGUCAACAGUGUUUGUCAGUGUUCAUAAGGAACUACAAGUGACAUUUUUGGGAAAUGGGUUUAAAAUAAGAAACAAUAACCACUGCCAAAAAAAUUCCCUAAUAAUACUAAACAAUAGGUACUUAGUUUAUUAUUUUUUAAGUAUGGCUAUAAUUUUUGUGGAAUAUUCAUUGCUAUUUAACGAAAUAAUUCACAACAAGUAUUUUUAAAAUAUGACUUUUAAUCUAUCAAGGAAACUUUUAAUGAAAAUGAUUUUUUUUUAAUAUUGCUAUUCGAAUUCGAUUUUGGAAUUUGAGAAUAUUUUUAUAAUUACAUUCGAAAUAGUUUAGGAGUUUAAGGGUCGUAUUCGCACAUGGGUGAGUACAAAUUAGAUUUUCUCGCCUUGUUUUUUUGGCAGUCUUAUUCAUCUAAUCACUCAGUGCACGCCACAGCGACCCUUAAAUUAAAUGGGUGUGUCGAGUAUUUGUUGUAAAGGUGGGUUUACAACUGAAAAUUAAGAACUAACUUUUGAGAAUUUUUUUUGUGUACUUAACAUGUGACUCUAUGUCUACAAGUGGAAUGGUUCAUGAUUGCCGUGUAGGAAUUUUGACGGGUCGUGUGCGAAUCAAAUGAUGACUUGAGACUUAAGAGAGAUGGUUAUAUUGAUCUUUUUCCUUAAAAAUUAAGGGAAGAGCCAAUCAGAGCACAGUAGAAUGGCGAAAUAAUGUUUCGUAGGCAAAGCAGUUUAUUAUUUAGUUCGAAAGGAGUAGGAUAUACGUUCUGUUAAGAAUUAAGAAAUAUAACCAUCAUGUUUAGAAAUGAUAAAAUACUUUAAAAAAGAAAAGAAAAACAUUGCACGAAAAUAAAAAAGCUCUGAUUGGAAUAUUUAUUUUGUUGUAACAUUUCGGAAUUUAUUAUUCUGCUGUGUAUCUGGUUAAUUUUUGUUAUCAUACGAAUACCUAUAUAACUUUGUAUUUAAAAUUCAUGAAUAUAUUUUCAUUUUAUGGUUGCUUGGAAUAUAUGAUAUUAGUAUUACGUAAACUAGAAUUUAUAUAUUAAAUUGAAAUAUCUUUGAUUCUGAUUUGUGUACGGAUUAUAGGUUACGAGUGGAAAUGUUACAAUUUUUAGGUAUUUCAAGUAGGUAAAAAAACCAAAUGCACCAGGAAUAAAAAUGUUACGUUGAAAAAAUUAAUUAAUAGUCGGCAACGAAUCCAAAACGAAAAAAUAACUUCAAAAUGCAGACAAUACCUUUCCUACGUAUAACAAAAAUUCAACUUAAAUAUUGUGGUGGCUGCUUCCUCGCCUGGUUUUACUGGCUGGAAUUAACGACCACUAAUUCAAUAAUAGACUGGAUAUUACUUAACCAAUUGCUCGUCGGCGUACAGGUUGAGUUUAUAAUUUUUAAGUUGAAUAAUCGUAAACCCACCUUAACGAUGUGUGUGGUAUUUACAUUUACGCGCUUAUCUAGGAUGGUAACACGGCCAUAAGUGAUACGCAGAUAUAAGGGAAAUGCAAAGAUGGAACAUAAGGUCCAAUUGUUGACGAGAGUUUUAACCCAAAGGGGGAGGGGGAUUUCAGUGUACUACACGUUCCAAUAUGGCGGCCGUUUGUUUACAAAUGUAUCAGCUUUACCAGAAUUAGACAUUAAACGUGAGAAAAAUGCCAACUCCUUUCGUCACAAUUUGUAUUGUGAAGAUUCGUUAUGUACUUUUAAUAUACAUAUAUGAAUAUAUUAACCAGUAAUAUUUUGAUCUAAUUAUCUUCCAAACAGCUUACUACAGUCGUUAAUAAAACCGGUCUAGAACAUCUGAUACAACCAUAAACAAACGUCCGCCAUAUUGGAAUGUGAAAAUAAGACGAAAAAAAUGGAGGAAAAAACGGCUUUACGUCUGACGACUAAUGCUCCAUCUGUAUAGUAGCACUCAGCUCAGCAAUAAGAGAUAUACUAGCAAUAGAAAUAUAAUGUAUUUUUAAUGUUUAAGUGUAUAUUUACUGAACGUACUUUAUCCAACAAAUAAUUUAGAACAUAUAACUAAUUUAUACUUAUGUUAAGUGAAAACGCAAAUUUGUUACUAACAAAAUGACAAAUUUGCAAAUUUUGUGAUAGAUUACGUAGCUGUAUUAUGAAGACAUGAGAUCUUAUAGUAGUUUUUGUGCUUUCUUUCCUCCAGUAUUUCUUUCGUAUAUGCUUGGAAAGAUUUUCUAUGUGUAUGUGUGAUUUUACACUAAGACAAUGUUUUUGCUGUAAUUUUUUCCACCAAAAAUGUGUUAAUUAAUAAAAAAGUGAAAGUUU